AUGACCCACAAGCGUAAGAUCGACGACACCCCCGAAGAGGCCGCCAAAGCCGCCAAAACCACUCAGACCGUUGAGCCACUCACCCGAGAGGAUCGACGACGAGUAGACGCUGGCUGGGGCCGCGUCGACGGACAGCUCUAUAAACCAGCCAAACGGUCGGCCUUUGUCCACGUCGACCUUGAUCUGGCAGCGAGAGAGUUCGCGGAAGAGGCGGAGCAAGAACCACUGCCGGAAGAAAAAGAACCAGAAGCACCAGAAGAUGACGCGCCAAAUGAACCUGCCGCUACUCAAGAAACGCAAAAUGAAGAAGAAGACGAAGAAGUAGAGGUUGUCGAAUUUCAUGUGGCAGAAGAGGAAGAAUCCGACAAGGAUGAGGAUGAUGAUGACGGCACUUAUUCCGGAUACUGCGGAUACCCCCGUUACCAGUUUCCCAGACGCGCAUACGUGAUCGACCGCUCCACUGGCUACAUCUGCGUUGUGAAGCCUUGCGACUGGAUUCCCGACCAUUUGGACUUUACGGAUCGCGACAUUCCCAUUUUCGAAAAAGCACUGAAGAAGCACGGCCCCAAGUGGCAGGUGAUCAAGGACGAAUACUUCCCCAGAAGCAGAUAA